ACAGUUCAAGAUCAUUAAAUAUUUUUGAAAAAUGUCGGGAAACUGUCUGGGAAAACCCUUAUUAUUUAUAAUUGAAUAUUCAAGUGACAAUUAAAAUUUUUCUCAUUAAAAUUCAUACAAAUAUUCAUAAAAUAUUUCUCAUAAGAAAGAUUCAUUCAUUAAGAUUCACACAAAGACUUCAGGUACAAGCUUAUAAUGGCGCUCAGGUACUAAUAGGUUUAAAAUUACAUCUGUACCUUUGAAGAUCUUAAAGGCGCCAAGAUAACGAUAAUGAUCAAUGAAUUAGUCAUCAUUGUCAGGUCUUAGCUUACAAGCUGCUCACAUCGUCUCUAACUUUGCAAGAGUCUCAAGUGUUAAAUAAAUAUUUCCAACGCUGAUAUUAAAUACAAUAUUUUAAAAGUAAAAGUGUAAAAUGGCUUGUGCAAGUAUUGAAGUACCACAAAUAAUAAAAAACGAAGAGAGCGUGGAUGUAAUUGAAUCAACGCAAAUUUUGGCUAAUGAAAUAGACUCAAGAAUGGCUCUGUACUGCCAAAUGCAGCAAUCGUUACGUGACAGCAGAGAAAUGUUGAAUCAAAUAAAAGUUGAGUACUUGAAAACUGAUAAAACUCAAAGUGAAAUAGACUUCUUCGCAAAUGAAAUCGAUAAAUUGAAUUCUCAGAUUCGUAGUGCGACGAAACAAAUAAAUUUGGACUUUGAAUGCUUGGAAACACAUCUUCGUAAUGUUUAUGAACAAUUAUCUCAACUAAAUGAUGAAGAUGAUUUCAGCGAACCUGAAGAGCGUGAGCCGUUGCAAUAAGAAAUAAAAACUCAACCAAUUAUUUAAUAUAAUUAUUUAUUAAUAAUUUUUAUAAAUACUGUAACUGUAAAUUUAUAACUUUUAUAUUUCACUCCGGAAGAUUUUUAUACAAUUAAAAAACUUACAAUUUUAUUUAUAGCAUU